AUGGAACUGCACAUUUUAGAGCACAGCUUGAAAGUAGCUAGUAUAGCAAAAGAGGGCAUCCAGAUCUGCACUCACGGAUUAAUCAAACUAGCCUUCCUGCCCUCCAAAACGAGAUGUAAGUUCUUUAGUUUGACUGAAACGCCUGAGGAUUACACCAUCAUAGUGGAUGAAGAUGGCUUUAAAGAACUGCCCCAGUCAGAAUAUCUCAGUGUGGCAGAUGCGACGUGGUUGGCUCUGAACGUGGUGUCAGGGGGCGGGAGCGCCGCCAGCUCUCAGCCCAUUGGAGUGACCAAAAUCGCCAAAUCAGUCAUCGCCCCCCUGGCUGACCACAACAUUUCUGUUUUCAUGCUGUCCACCUAUCAAACGGACUUUAUACUGGUCCGGGAGAGAGAUCUACCUAUGGUCAUGCACACCCUGUCCUCAGAGUUCACCCUCCUCAGAGUGGUGAAUGGAGAGACUGUAGCUGCCAACUGCUCCGGAGUCACCAAUGGUUUCGUCAAGCCUAAACUGGUCCCUCGUCCCAUCAUUCACCCUCUUUCCAGUCCCAGUAACAUGUUCUGUGUCACAAGUCUGGACCCGGACACGCUGCCCUCAGUGGCCACUCUGCUCAUGGAUGUUAUGUUCUACUCAGGCGGAGGGAAGGAGAUGGGAGCACAGAACGAGGAUUCAGGCCACAUUCGCUUCUUUUCCUUCUCCCUGAUCGAGGGCUACAUCUCGCUGGUCAUGGAUGAGCAGACUACUCGAAGGUUUCCCAAUAAUGUCCUCUUCACCAGCGCUUCAGGGGAGCUUUGGAAAAUGGUUCGCAUUGGUGGACAACCUUUAGGAUUUGAUGAAUGUGGGAUUGUGGCUCAAAUAUCUGAACCAUUGGCGACAGCUGACAUUCCAGCCUAUUACAUCAGCACCUUCAAGUUUGACCACGCUCUGGUCCCUGAGGAAAACAUCCAGAGUGUGAUUGGAGCCUUGAGGACCAAUGAGAGCACAGGACAGUGAGAGUCUCUCCUCAUUGGAGAGGAGUCUCACACCCCUGCUUGUGUAUCGAUAUCUCAAUGUCAAAACUCUCUUAAAAGUGCCAAGAGCUUCUCCAGGACCUCUGCGUGGGGAGGGAAGGGGCUUAUGGGAGUUGGGGGUGGGACUGAGUGAUGGGAGAUAUGUAGGCGAGAGGAUGCUUUAGGUUUUGCAGUCAGCAUUGGGCUUUUCCCCCUUCUAUAAGAAAAGUUGUGCCAAUAUUUGUCCUAACUUAUUUGCACCUAUCCCUUAUUACCCUGCCUUUUUUCUACAGGGACUCUCAGCUGGUGUGACUGCAGUGUCGGGUUUUUUUCCCCUUUCUCUCUCACUCUCCCUCCGCCUUAUCUGCUCCCUCCCCUUACACCAUUUCACCAUGGCAACGAGGCCUGCUGAGGCCCUGCCCUCCCUCCCCAAUUCCAGUUCCAGAGACAUUGCAAAUAACCAUUAUGUAUUAGUGACUGGUCCUCCUUAAUAGAGGACUCAGAAUGUACACCAUGUUUUAAUUUUUCCAUUUCUUAUCUGCCCCCCCAUUCCUAUCCUAUCCUACUUUGCUUACAGUGCCAAGUUACUUUAGGCCUAAACAGACUCCUCGUUUAAAACCAAGUGUUUAGUUUUUUGAGUGCAAUUUGGAAGGCGAUUAUUGCUGAUUAGUUUGGUAGUUGGGGAAGGACUAUCCAGCUUGGUGAUAUUCCAUUACUGGAAAAAAGAGCUUUUUGUGUUUUUUCCACCCUCACCCAAGGCCUGUGUUCAUGUGUUCAAUGCCAAGUGGCUGAGUUAUGAAUUGUUGUUGUUUUUCUUGUAUCCAAAGUACAAUCAGUGGGUUUCUGUACUCCAGCAGAAUUUCUCUGAACUUUUAUCAGACUGGAAUUGAAUGGAUCACAGCUGACCCGUUGCUUGGGUUUCUGGGUAAAACCGUAGUUAAACACUAUCUCAGUUCAGUGUUUCACGUCUUUUUGAAGUUAUGAAUACGAAAAUGUUAGAGAAUGAAUUGUGCAAUUUACUGUAAACUGUUUUAAAACAUUUCUGAUGUAGAUGAUUUUUUUUUUUUAUUAUUUUUUGUUUGUUUUCCUUCCCCUUUCAUGUGUGAAGCUGUUUUGUGUUUUGUGAUUGGGAAGAAAUGGUGGUGCACCAUACUUCAUUUGCUUCUUUACCAAGUCCUCCUUACCACUCAGCAUUUCUCAAAGCUAGUUCCUCUAGCCAGGAUAAGAUGUGGGGAAUUAGGAUUGUUUAUUGAAUGUUAGUAGGGGUCAAGUGUCACGGACACUGGUGUUAAUUUAGGCCUUCUACCCUCCCACCCCAUUCUGCACUUUAUUUAAGAUCUUUCUUAAAGAUCUUGCUGUUCUGAUGUGUGAAGAAAAAAAAAAAAACGGGGUAGAAUUUCUGCCCCUCAGAAGGAAUCUCUUUUUAGAAGGGGUCACUCUUGUUGGUCUUAGAGCAUGGAUGAUAUAUAUUCCGCCCCCCCCCCCCCCAGGCCUUUUCUUCUGUUAGCUCUGAUUAGAAGAAACCAUGUAUUUAUCAGUGUUAAAAAGGGUGACCUGUUUCUUCUCUGACCAUUAAAAGACAUGAAAACAGUA